UUAGCAAACAACCCCACUCUCUUGCAUCCGAACAACCACUGACAUAAACUUCGCCGCUAACUACCUGACAAUCCAGACAAUCUCUCCAAUUCGACAACUCCCACCACCGGCAAACAUGUUCACCUCCACCAUCCGCACUGCCGUGCGCGCACAGCCCGUCACUGCCGCCUUCACACGCAGUUUCUCUUCUACUCGCCCCUCGCAAGUUGCCCGCAUGACUGUUGUCGGCCGCCUGGGAGUUGCACCAGAAGAGGUUACCAUUUCCGGAGACCGAACAUUGGUGCGCUACGUGGUUGGCACCAGCUACGGCAAGGGUGAAGAGAAAAAGACCAGCUGGUUCCGGAUUGCUAGCUUUGUCCAGGGCGCACAGAAGGAUUUCUUGAUGAAUGUGCCCAAGGGCUCGCUGCUCUAUGUCGAUGCUGAUGCGCGCAUGGAGACAUAUCUCGAUAGUGAGGGAAACAAGAAGAGCAACUUGAGCUUGGUCGCCCGUAACUUUGACGUGCUGUCGCGCGCCCGCAGCGACGAGCCUGAUACCAACGACGAGGGUCUCAUCCAGGAGGCUUCCGGCUAGACAUGCACAGCUUCAAUUCUCAUGUAGAAUCAAUGUUACUUUGCGCAACAUGUCUUAAAUUCGGAAGCUGACUGGAAGAGGGUGGCGUGGCAAGGUCAAUGCACACGCAGUUGCGAAUGGUAGUGGCGACAGCCUUUGCAAGCCGCAGUAGGAAUUGUUUGCCGAAUCUUGGUUCAGGAUAGCAGAGUGUAUGAAUAUUGUCUGAACGUUUCUACUGUAUGAUCUCUCCGCUCAAAGCGGCUGGCGACAAUGCUUUCCGAAUGAUACCUUUUUCCUUGUAAUGCAUUGAUUAGCCCUGACCAUGAUUUUGAAAACAGGC